GUUUGUGGAGAGCGGGAGUCGGGGGUGUGUGGAUAAAAUCGCCGGAUAAUAUACAAAACUGAUCACUGUCACAAAUUCAACAUGCCACCGUGGGCUCCUCUUUGAUCAUUUUUAUCACAAUAGACCCCUAUAGUUUUGUGUCUUACAGAAUAACCCCUUUAUGACAUGAUAUUGAUUGGGAGGGAAAAGAAUAAAAAGACGAGAGUUUACUCUUGCCCUUGUAUCUCCAGCAAAUAACGUUUUGCGACUUCUCAAUCAUCUCAACGACUGCCUCCGAUUUUUCCAGCAUAUGCGAUUUCACCUUCUCACCAUCACCAGGUACAAGGUAACAAGGUAUCCUUUCACCAUAAAGACGUUGCAUUGCAUAUUAGGUGUUCGAGAAAAUUCCUAAGUUUAAGAAGCUGAGAAAUCAUCAUGGUGGGAUUUAAAAAUAGGUACAUGGUGAUGGAGGUGUCUGUGGAUCCAAAUAAAGAUAUUUCAAAAGACGAUCCCAUCAUUCUUAGCCAACAUAAUGUUUCAAAAGCAAUCAAAGACAGCAUUCUCCUAAACUUUGGCGAGUGUGGUCUUGCCUCUUCGCUAGGAUCAUUACAAGUUAAAUAUGUGAAUCCGAUCACGAAAGUGUGCAUUAUAAGAGCUUCAAGGGACGAACAUCAAAAAGUUUUGGCUGCAAUUACAAUGGUCAGGAGUGUAGGAAAUUGCCCUGUGGUUUUCAAUCUAUUGGAUCUUAGUGGAAAUAUCAGGGCCUGUAAAUCUGCAGCUUUAAAGUGUGAAGAUUUGAUAUUUGAAAAAGUGAAGAUCAUUUGUGGGACUCCCAGAACAGAAGAUGUGAACAAACAUAUGCAAAAUCUUGAGAGAAUUAAGAUGUUAGAGCACUGAAAGAAUGACUUAAUAGAGAAAGCCAAGGAAAGACUAUGUCUUUGAUUUAAAAAAACUAUGAUUAAAUUAACGAUGUAUACUUUUUAAAUUGUUGGACAUGUUUCCUUUAUAGCUAAAUUUAUUAAGUUUAACUGUCAGGUUAUUUAGUAAUUAAAAACAUACCUUUGAAAAAAUUGUUUCUAAAAUUGCAACUCUAUAAGGACUACCCAAAAAGGUCAUUGUACACGCUCUUUACUAGCGUCUACAUCAUGCCUCUCGGAUGAUUGGCCUCCAUUUUCAGCGAUUUCCAAAGCAACAUCGGAAUCAUUACUGAUUCCAGGGUCGGAAUUGGUGUCGGGGUUGGAAUUGGUUUCGGAUGCUUCAUUCCCACAAUGGAUGUCCAAAGCAACAUCGGAAUCAUUACUGAUUCUAGGGCCGGAAUUGGUGGUGGUGGAGGAGGAUGUUGCAUUUCCGGAACGGAUUGGCAUGAGAAAGCUCUGCAUUCUGGAAAAGUAGCUUUGGCUGAUUGGUUGACUUUGUGAAUGAUAAGUUGUUGAUAAGGUUGAUGAACGGUUGGGAUCGGGUGGUAUAUUUGGCAGAUCAUGAAGUUCAAGGUUGGGAAAAACUGAACACCGACAUCGAGGGCAUUUUAUGUUUAAUCUAAGCCAUUUAUCAAUGCAUGCCAUAUGGAAGUUGUGAGCACAAGGCAACCCACGAACCUGAAAUUCAUGUUAAAAAAUGUAAGGAUAAAUUCAAAAAUAGCAUCCUACUUUCAUUUCUUUAUAUUGGAUUUGUAACAAUGAAAUUGAUUUGUAUUUGGAUGAGAUUGAAUUGGAAAGAAGUGUCAAAG